CCCUCGUCUCGGCUCGUCCGAUGCUCAAGGACAACAAGUUGAGGUACGAGGGCGAGGGCGGCGGGCCGGGCCCCGGUGCAAUCGGCGACUCCAGUACCACCACCAACAACAACAGCAACAGCAACAACAACAACAGCAACAGCAACAACAACAACAACAACAACAACAACAACAGCAGCAGCAGCAGUGGCCAGCAGCAACAAUGUCAGUCCCAGCAGCAGGCCGCCUUCGGCAGCUUUGGCGACGUGGUCGGACCGGGCGCCGCCGUAUCCUACUUCCCCGGCGGCGCGGCGCUGCUCGCAGCGGCAACUGCCGCCAAGGAGGCGGCCCCGAUGACGGCAGCGGCGUCGGUCCUCCAGCCUCAGCAGCAGCAGCAACAAAACGAGCAGCAGCCAGUCGGGCCGGUGACGACGACCAACCAUCCUACGAGCGGCACGAAAGAGGUGCGGUACGCCGGUGCGUUCCCGGUGGUUGGUGGUCCGCCGGCGUUGCCGCUAGAGGCGUGUCCCGGGCUGCCGCCGAGUGGAGCGCUGCCGGCGCCGCUGCCGCCGCCGCUGCCCCCUGGCGGUCAGCUGCCGUUGGAGCUGCAGCAGCAGCGGGGCUUCUCCCAGUCGAUGAGCUCGUUGCCGCCCGAGCCUUUUAUGAUCAUGCAGUCGAAGGCACUGAAUCGACGGGUCUCCAUAAACGUGGGUGGGGUGAGGCACGAGGUGUUGUGGCGCACCCUGGAGAGGCUGCCCCACACGAGGCUCGGCCGGUUGAGGGAUUGCAACACCCACGAGGCCAUAAUCGAGAUUUGCGACGAUUACUCGCUCAUCGACAACGAGUACUUCUUCGACCGGCAUCCAAAAUCGUUCAGCUCGAUCCUCAAUUUUUAUCGCACGGGCAAGCUGCACAUCGUCGACGAGAUGUGCGUGCUCGCGUUCAGCGACGAUCUCGAGUAUUGGGGCGUCGACGAGCUCUAUCUGGAGAGUUGUUGCCAGCACAAGUACCAUCAGCGCAAGGAGCACGUGCACGAGGAGAUGCGCAAGGAGGCGGAGUCCCUGAGGCAGAGGGACGAGGAGGAGUUUGGGGACGGCAAGUGCGCCCAGUACCAAAAAUAUCUCUGGGACCUGCUUGAAAAGCCGACCACGUCGAUCGCCGCGAGGGUGAUAGCUGUGAUAUCGAUCUUGUUUAUCGUAAUGUCGACGAUCGCCCUGACCCUGAACACGAUACCGAGCAUGCAAGUGUACGACAAGGACGGCGCCUUGCAGGACAAUCCCCAACUGGCGAUAGUCGAGGCGAUCUGCAUAACCUGGUUCACGCUCGAGUACGUGCUGCGCUUCAGCGCCUCGCCCGACAAGUGGAAGUUCUUCAAGGGCGGUCUCAACAUCAUCGAUCUUCUCGCCAUAUUGCCGUACUACGUCUCGAUAUUCCUCGUCGAGACCAACAAAAACGCGACCGACUCGUUCCAGGACGUCCGUCGGGUCGUCCAGAUAUUCCGUAUAAUGAGGAUACUGAGGAUAUUGAAACUCGCGCGGCACUCGACGGGCUUGCAAAGCCUCGGCUUUACGUUGCGCAACUCGUACAAGGAGCUCGGUCUGCUGAUGCUCUUUCUCGCCAUGGGGGUGCUCAUAUUCUCGAGUCUGGCCUAUUUCGCGGAAAAAGAGGAACCGGGGACCAAAUUCAUAAGCAUUCCCGAGACGUUCUGGUGGGCGGGCAUUACCAUGACCACCGUCGGCUACGGCGACAUUUACCCCACCACGGCGUUGGGCAAGGUCAUCGGUAGUGUGUGUUGUAUAUGCGGUGUCCUGGUAAUCGCGUUGCCCAUUCCCAUUAUCGUUAAUAAUUUCGCCGAGUUCUACAAGAACCAGAUGAGGCGGGAGAAGGCGCUCAAGAGGCGCGAGGCUCUGGAGAGGGCCAAGCGUGAGGGAAGCAUCGUCUCGUUUCACCACGUCAAUCUCAGGGACGCCUUCGCCAAGAGCAUGGACCUCAUCGAUGUCAUCGUCGACACGGCUCGAAUCGCGAACGGGAUUGUCGACCGAGGUCACAACAUGUCGGGCGUCGACGGGAACAGCACCGAGGGCGAGUCGGCGUGCGAGCGGGGCCCAGCCCAAACGGGAGCCGGCUGCUACAAGAACUACGACCACCAGUACGGGCCCACGGCGAAGCACAAGCGCAGCAACUCGUCCUCGUGCUUCCCUAAUCUGCAAAACGAUCUGUCCAACACCCCAGACAGCCCGAGCAGGCGGCUACUCGACUUCGCCCAGAACAUAUCCAGCAACCAGGCGGACCAUUAUUAUCAAGACCAAACGCCCGCGCAACAGCUCAACCAGUCCGUCACUACGCCCAGCGAAGAGGACAAAAAAGAUAGAAGAAAAACCAAGCAGGAAAUCGACAAAAUCGAGAAAGUAGACGAAUAUCCGAGCGAAUUCGAGUGUUGCUUUUGUACAACAAAGGAGUACAAAGAGUACAGGGACGCGGAGGACAUCAUGCCCCUGGGAACAAGGAACUUUCGGAGCACCGUCUGCCACGAUCUCGGCAGAUCCCACCAGCGCGAGGGCAGCGUGGUCGACCAGACGACCGCGGCGCUGUUCAGUGCCGAGAUGCAGCAGCAGUUCCAGCAGUUCCAGCAGCACCAACUGCAGCAGCAGCUCUUGCAGUACCAGCAGCAGCAGCAGCAGAAACAAUUGCAGCAGCUGCACCAGCGAGCCAUGGCCGCGGCCCAGCAGCAUCAGCUGCAGCAGCAGCGACAGGCGGCGGAAGCCGCGGCCAACAACAAGGGCAGUUACAACGAACGGGGCAGCGUAGACAGCUCCGACACGUACGCCAGUUGUCAGACGCAUCCCUUCUACUCCGAGAGCGACUUGACGGAGGAGGCCGACAGCAACAACCUUUACGUUAACCCACUGGAGGGUAACGACAAGGGCCAGCGCUCGAGCAAUGGCUGCGUGAAAAAAUCCGUCUCCGGCGAAAUAGCCCACGUCGCCCUCAAUGUAUCGCCCAGUAUCGAGUCCCUCAAGGAAAUCAACACCCCUGGCAAGUCCGGCAAACUGGCUGGUGAGCCCAUGUUACCAAAGCACCGGAAGUCCCGUAUCCAACAGAGCGCGCAGCGACAGCGCGUCCCGUUCUCGGCGACGAGUGGCACGGACUCGAGCGGCUCGUCAACCUUACGCGAGGACUUCACAGGUGGCAAGGAAGACAACAACAAGUUCCAACACCAGCAGCAACAACAAUACGGCACUGCGGCAGCGAAUAUCAUCGGCGGAAGCGGUAUAGGAAGCAGCUCGCUUGGAGGCGGGGGAGGAGGUGGUGGUGGCCUAAGGGGCGGCCGAGCCUCCCAAUUCGCCCCGGUCAACAGUCUUGCCUCGGCGACGCGCACGAUAAACCACCACCUCUUCGGCACGAUCGCUAGUUCCAAGCACAACACCGGUAAGAGGGAAGGCACAAGUAAGCUAUCCCUGUCGACCGACUCGAUAGACGACUCAACGACUCCCUUCAUAGAACGGCAACGCACUUCUAAAUCGAUAUUAAAGAAGUCAGAGAGCAGCAAUAACUAUUAUAGCAAUGCCGGUGGUGACUCCGACACCGAGAAGCUCAUAACUUCCUGCGACAAUACCAACACGUCCUCUUGUACCACCGCCUACGCUGGUGGGACGGCCAUGUGUGACAACGACAGCACCGGCCUCACACUACUGGGCGACGCUUUUCCCAACGUCUAUGAUCCGAGCGAGGACAAAAAUUUCAUUUCCAAGUUACCUAUGUCGCUGUUCUGUGACGCGAUGGAAGAGGAGAAGCAGGCGCGCGACGAGACGACGCAGGAGAACAAGAACAAGCGAGCGUACGAGGAGUUGCGCGCGCUCAAGCUCAAGCCACGCUUCAAGGACCCCCUGGACCAGCACUCCCGCGACAACCAGUCGAUACUGCUGACCUCCCUGAGGCCCCAGCACUCGACCAAGAGGCCGAGCCAAGAAAACGACAAGCGCCACUCGUCCACCGGCAAACCGAGUCUUCCUCAGGAUUACCGGUCGUAGCCUCCCCUGCUACGCUUGCUCACUGCUCGUCACUUCCUCGCCGAGUUACGCCUUCCUCUUCCCUUGCGCUUUCACGCCCCACUGUGUCACUAUUAUUAUUAUUGUACUUUAUUUUGAUACUCUCUCACCUGCAUUGUUUUUUAUUUCCCUUUGACGAGUUUCUUCUCUCUCUACCUCUUGAGUGAACUGAAUGUUAUGAUAAAGCGUCCGUAGGGUAGAUACUUUCUUUUUCACGACGUUGAUUCCAUAGUAGAUGUUUUGUAUGUGUGUUGUUUGUUGAAAAAGUGUCGCGUCGAAGAUGCUGUUACGGAUUAUUGCGAAAUUUUUGUACAAAAUGAGCAUUGUUAAAGAUAUUUUUCACGCUCAUCUGUUGACCUACUUUUUUAAUAUUUAGAGUUCCACUGCUUGCUUUUUACGAUUUUUAACUCCAAAAACGAACGAGACUUUUUUAUCGGAAAAACAAAGCUUUGACGAUGCGUUUAUUGUAACAUUCAUUUUGUUCAUUAGUAGAUAGAUGAACAUAUAGUAGUGCUGGCGAUUUUUUAUCAAACGUAUAUAAUAAUCAUUGAAAAAAAAAAAAUGCAAUUCGAAUUGUAUUGGAACUGGCGAGCUUUUAGAUAUAUAUGAAAAAAAAUCGUUCGAUUUAGAAUUAUUGUUGAAUCGUUGUAAAUAAUAA